AUGAGUUUAGUUCAGUCUCAAGUUCUUGGUGAGAAAAUGAUCCAAAAAAUAUCAGCAGAUGAAGAAUCGUUAAAAAAUAGUUCACCGAUUCAGCAUCAAAAAACUAGUUGCAGUACACAGGACGACAUGCAGAACAAUAAUGAAGCUCAACCAUUAGAAGAAUCAAUGUGCAUGUCUUAUAUCCUUCCAGACGAAGCUUUUCAAAUUCGUAAUUUGGACACUGGUGAAUUAAUUGAUAUCCGCGAUGAAAAUGAAGACUCGUAUGCAAGCAACGCGGCUAAAGUAUUGAACCUAGAAAGGAGUCAAUCUGACAUAGAAAGGUUCUAUCAAGCUAGAAGAAGAAUGAAUGCCUCACUAUGAGAAGCUGUGGAAAGAAAUGAUAUAAAUCAUAUUAAGCAUCUAUUGGAUAAGAGAAUUUAUAGAGAUGUUGUUGCACAAACGAAUUCUAAGGGCCUGAAUAAUUGAACAGCUCUUCACUUACUCCCCCCCAUCCUUGAUCGAACGACUCGCCAUCGUUCGAUCAAGGAUGGGGGUUAAAAAAUUUUUUUUGGGGAAAAAAAUUUAUAUAUAAAAUAAAAAUAAAAAAGUUUUUUUUUAUGCUUUUAAAUAAGAGGGUUAAUAAUUAUUUUUAUAGCAAAAAUUGAAUUAAUUUCAUAAGAAUACCAACUUUUAAUAUUUUGAUUUUCUGGUUACCUCUUUAAACUUUAUAAAUUUUGAUUUGUUCUUUAUUGAAUCUUUGAUAUUUUUUUUUAAAUUUUAGAGAAUCUCUAUUUUAUUAGAUUAUUGAGUUUUUAAGCCUAGUUUGAUGAAUAAAUCACUUCUAAUGGUUGAUUUCGUAGCUUUUUGUCGUCUCAAAGCCUCUGAAAACAACUUCAUUAGGCACAUUUCCAAAGCUUUUGAUAACUAAUAUAUUUUUAUAUAUAUAAAAAUUUGCAUGAUAUGAAAAUCGUUCGAUCAAGGAUUGGGGGGAGUUAGCAGCGGCAGAUGGGUUUCAGGAAGCUUGCGAAACUCUUAUAAGUAAUGGAGAGGUAACAAACAUUGACGCAAGAACAAGUAUCAAUAGAACCCCGCUUCAUUUAGCCUGCUUGCAUGGCCAUUUAUCUGUGGUCAAACUUUUAGUGAGGAAUUUAGCUGAAAUAAACGCUAUAGAUGAUGACGGAAACACUCCUCUGCAUUAUGCUGUAAUGAAUGGGCAUUCAAAUAUUGUUGACUGACUACUAAGGAAAAAUCCUGAUAUCUCAAUUGAAAAUUACCAGCAUAAGCCUGCACUUGAAUGCGCCUUGAAUUUUGAUGUUUAUAACUCAAUUAUCGAUUAUUGCCAAAAGUUGAAUAUACCGCUUAAAAUUAAACCUUUUUCGAGAACUCCUUUUCAUUCAGUUUUACUUCACAAUUCAAGAGAAGAUCUUGUUAACAAACUAUUGACAAAAUGUUCAGCUAAACCUAGUUCAAAAGAUCUAAAAACAUUUAAUGAGAGGCCGAAAAAAAUGACCAGUCUUCAUUCUAAAUCUCCUAUAAGAAAAUGCAAAUCAAUGAAGCCAAUUAUGUUCCCAGAAGAUAGACAUAUCACUUCAAAGCUUGGACCGAGAGAUUUUAAAGGGCUUUACCAGCUUGGCAAAGGCAGCUUUGGAGAAGUUUUCUUGGUUGAAAAUAAUACGACGAUGGAAAAAUAUGCAUUAAAAGUGCUUACUUCUCCUCUCUGUGAGCAAGCAAAGCUAUUAGAAAAAUUCCUAUUUUUUACGCAAAAACCCGAACAAAAAAUUUUGCAACAUGAAGUUUUUAAGAAAAAUUAUUUGGUAUAUAAGUAAUAAUUAUUAUAAUGAAAUCUCUAGCUAAUUCUGUUUAAUUUUUAAACAGCUUGCAUUUUAAAACAUAAAUUUUCCAUAUUAAAUUAAUUUUUACUUCUCAAUUUUUACAAACGAGAAUUUUGUUUAAAUUUUGAAAAACAAUUAUUAUAAAACUUAUAAAAUAAUUUUUUUAAAAACAACUAAGACCGAGCAAAUUUUUUUUUUGUUCUCUCACGGAAGGGGGAAUUAGAAAAGAGAAAGUUUUGGAAAACAAACUGAUAAAAUAUGCAUGGACUGAAAGAAAUAUAAUGCUCAAUAUUUCCCAUCCCUUUAUAGUGAAGUUGCAUGGCUCUUUCCAAACUCCAGAAAAGUUAUGCUUUAUGAUGGAAUAUUGCCCAGGUGGAGAUUUAGGGACUCAUAUAGCAAGAGAGCGAAGGUUUCCAUUGGAUAAAGCGAAGUUCUACUUAUGUGAGGUAAUCCUGGCAUUAGAAGAACUUCAUAAAAAUGAAAUAAUUUUUAGAGACUUGAAGCCUGAAAAUGUAAUUUUGGAUAAUGAAGGCCAUGCAAAGCUGACGGACUUUGGGCUAUCCAAGGAAGGAAUGAUUGAGGGCCAGCUUGCGAAGUCUUUUUGCGGGUCAGUAGCUUAUCUAGCUCCAGAAAUGCUUAGAAGAGUAGGUCACACUAAAGCUGUUGACUGGUAUUUGGUGGGUGUUCUGCUGUAUGAAAUGCUGGUUGGGGUUCCCCCAUAUUAUUCAAGCAACAGAGAACAACUGUUUAAUAAUAUUCAAAGAGGAAAGCUCAAAAUUCCUAGCACAAUAAACUCUGAAACAAAAGACUUCUUAAAGGAACUUCUGCAAAGAGACCCAACCAGGAGGCUCGGGUAUCAUAACGACGCCAAAGAACUAAAAGAGCAUGCAUUUUUACGAGAUGUAGACUGGGCAUCAUUUAUAAAUAGAUUAGUGACGCCACCGAAGGCGAGCCCGAUUCGAAGAAUGUUCAAAUCCAUCCCUCAGGAGCGAAUUUUCGGAUUACUUGAAGAUGAAGAAAUAGUUGAGAGAAGAAUAGAAGGAUGGUCGUUUAUUUCGCCUAGAUAA